GUGCGCGGCAAUGGAAGGACAAAGGUAGGCGUUGAUCUGUGUAAACCCGAUAGGGGUAUAUCAGAAAGAUGACCGGUCCAAUGGCCGCAGGAGGUGUUGGUAAUGGAAGGACGAAGGAAGCAAGAGGAGCUGAUAUUCAAGGGACAUUGUGGGUUCAAUUCAAUCAAGCAGAAGGGUUAUGGACCCCAAAGAACAUGGACAAGGGAUGCUGCAAUGGGACUCUGACCGUGUAUGCAAGUGUUGGUAGUGGGAGGGAGGUUCUAGCGAGCUCUGACAUUAUUUGGAGCAGUGGAAAUCAUGCCAGGCAGCAGUCAGCCGCUUUUCACAUAGAGCUUAGUCACUUGCCAAGCUACUUUUUGGUCGCAGUCGAUUUGAGCUGUGGACAAGGCCUCAAUGAACAUGUGGGAACGGCAUACAUCCGGGCCUUGUCAGUUGCGCGGCAAUUCAAAGAAGUUUGCGGGUGGUACAGUUUGUGCAGCGAUGAGGAAAUUCAAUCCGAUGCGAAUGCAAGAAUACUUUUGCUUUUCAAGUUCCGAGCGCUCCAGACUGAAUCGGAUGUGGACCUCCAGCCCGGACGAGUUCUCAAGAAUGAUAACUGGGUGCCUCCUUUGGUUCUUUCGUACUUCUUCGAGCGCAAGGGUAACCGAGUGACUCUGUUCCAAGAUGCGAUUGUGCCGAGCAGCUUUUCUCCGAACAUUACUCUGGAGAACGGGACGACUUUUGAGCAGCACAGCAUGUUCGAGCAGCUGUGCGAGUCUAUUCUCAAGGCGAGGCAUUUCAUUUACAUCGUAGGAUGGGAUUUGGAUAGAACGCUCGUCCUAGUACGGGGGGACAGGGGGAAUCCCCGUUGCAGGGGGGUGACGAUCGGAGAGCUCCUGACGCAGAAAGCAACGGAGUACGUGAAGGUGUUGUUUCUGAUCUGGAGCAACAAAAUGAACUAUCAAAAUCAGUUUUUCGACCGGAUCGGCGCGGAAAUUGCUCCGGAUACUCACUCUGAUGAGUCCUGCGCUUGGUUCUGUGAGCGGCAGUUGGUGUGCAUUUUGGCAGAGCGGCGGGACACUGAUGUGACAAUGAUUCCGAACGCCUUUACGCAUCAUCAGAAGAUGGUUAUGCUUGAUGCGCCAGCGUGGGAAGCAGUCGAUGAUUCGGAAUCGAGGGUUGUCGAAGUGUAUAUUGGCGGAAUCGACCUGACGGUGGGACGAUACGACACACCCAACCACCCUCUGUUCAAAACGCUGAACACGGUGCACAAGAACGACAUGUACCAGCCUAGCUGGGGAGGGAAGAGCGGACCUCGACUUCCAUGGCAUGACAUUCAUGCAAAGGUGGAUGGUCCCGCUGCAUGGGACAUGGUGGCGAACUUCGAGCAGCGCUGGAAGACGAUCGACCCGGGUCACGACUGCCUGCCGCCGCCAAACCGUCCCGAGGGAAAGGAGGAACCCACGGAGGUUCUUUUCGAUUUCGAAAAGCAUGCGCAGUUCUUUGCGCCGAAGCAAGCAAGGGCAGUGCCAGAAGGGGACCCAGAGGCUUGGGACGUGCAUUUCGUUCGGUCGAUCGACAGUGCGUCCGUCGCCGGAUUCCCAAGCGGUGAGCGGCUGAGGGAAGAUCCAACGGUGGCCGUCGAGUCGGGGCUCUACAUUGGCCCGGACUCUAAGUUCAGCUACGAGAAGAGCAUCUAUGACUUAUACAUGCGGGCCAUCCAACGAGCGGAGGAUUUUCUAUACAUCGAAAAUCAGUAUUUCAUAGGAAGCUCACAGUACUGGUUGGAGAAUCGCGAUGUUGGCGCGGUCCAGAAGAUUCCAUACCAGAUAGCCCAGAAAAUUGUGAGAAAGAUAGAGCGCAGAGAGAACUUCGUGGUGUACGUUGUCAUACCGAUGUGGCCAGCGGGCGAUCCAAGCAGCUCAGCGGUGCGGGAGAUACUUCGGUGGCAAUACGACACAAUGUCCAUGAUGUACAGUGCGGUCGCCAGUGCUAUACAUGCGCAAGGGCUUGCUGAUGCAAAGCCCACGGACUACCUGAGUUUCUUCACCCUAGUCAAUCGCGAGAAGCUUCCAGAAGGUUUCAAGCUCACGAAGCCUUCCGAUGAGUUGAACAGAAAGGCGCAGGAGAACUGUCGAUUUCCGAUCUACAUUCAUUCCAAACUGAUGAUUGUAGAUGACAUGUACAUCAUGGUCGGGUCGGCGAAUAUCAAUCAGCGAUCCAUGGAUGGUCUUCGUGACACCGAGGCGGACAUUGGAGCGUACCAGCCCUACUACACAUCCGCAAAUCGUUGCGGCCAAGUGCACGGCUUUCGGAUGUCGCUGUGGGCGGAGCAUAUGGGGACGGUGGAGGAGGUUUUCCGGCACCCGUCAAAGCCUGAGUGCCUGAAGAGAGUGAAAGAGAUUGCGAGGGCGAAUUGGCAACAAUACACAGCUGGUCAAGUGACAAAUAUGCAAAGUCACAUCGUUCCAUAUCCGAUUACAGUGACGGAAGACGGAGAGGUCACUCAUUUAGAAGGUUUUCAGAACUUUCCAGAUACAGAUGCAAACGUUCUUGGUGAUGAAUCUUUCUUUCUUCCAAACAUUCUGACAACAUAGCUCUUGCACACACCGGGUCCCAGUCAAGGGCACAAAUAUGGCAAAUCACAUAUUACUAUAUUAGGUAAUCGAGGGACAAAUAUGCAAAUUCACACAGCCAAUCGAGGGACAAAAUGCAAAGUCGCAUUGCCAAUCCAGGGACAGAUAUGCAAAUGCACACACUAGUACGUGACGGAGGGACAAAUAUGCAAAUUGAGGCCCGGUCAAGGGAACAAAUAUGCCAAAUCACA